GGAGUAAAAACUCUCUCCGCGAAAAAAGAAAAAGUCCAUCUCCCGAUAUACUCGAUCAUGUAGUAAGAAAAUGAAACCAAUGUAAAGACAUCGUUGCUUGAUACAAGCGCGGAAUGACAUUCAGAGAGGUUUUGGGAACGCUGGUAUUUAAUGUUUUAGUGACAAGGGCUUUUUCCGGGAAUGUCCAGGCGGUUUGGAUGGCCCCUAGGGCCACGCCCCCGGGCUCAGCCCUCGUGGUGAAUGCCUCGACAUCCGUGGGGGCCUUGGCAUAUGCAGUGGAUAGCAUCUACAGAAAUGGCAUCCUGGCCAACGGGAUCUUCCAAAUCAAUUGGAUAGACUCGGGAUGUGAUAGCAAACAGAGUAUAGGCGAGUUCACGGACUUCCUGUUCAACAACAGAGUCGACGUCAUUUUCGGACCACCCUGCACAAAAGCCAUGAUUCCUAUCGCGGAGCUGGCGGCCUACAGAGACAUCCCAGUAUUUGGUUGGCUGUCCAAUGAAGAGUCUCUAGACGACAAAAAUAAACUGCAGACUCUGGUCAGAUCCAUCGCCCCUCUCUCCGCCAUAGGAAGCAUCCUCAGCAUCUUCCUGUCUGGCUUUUUCUGGCUUCGGCUGAUUGUGAUAUCCUCGGCGGAUUCCGAAUGUGAAGCGUACGCCAGUGCGUUUAUUUCGGAAAUCGAGACUCCAUACUGGGCUUCUUAUGGAUUCUUUCUUGCUCAUCACUACGCACGCGUGGAACUUAACGCAACUGACUCCACCAUUGAUACUAUGUAUUCCGCCAUCAAAUAUGAAGGCAGAAUCAUCAUAAUAAUUGUUCCCGAGUCUGAGCUUCGCUCUUACAUGGUCAGAGCGCAUGCUCAAGGCAUGGAUGGCGGAGAAUACCAAUUCCUUUUUAUCAAGACGACUCUAGUGACCAUCGAGGAGUUAGCAGACUUAGAGAGCACGGCAUUGUGGGAACGAGGACUUCCUGAUGACGAGGGGGCGAGGCAAGGCUUUGAAAACCUCCUCUACCUGUCAUUUGGAGACACACUGCAGGGAAACGCGACGUCUUCCUGGAUCAAUGACGCUUACUCCGCCUACCUGUCCCUCAAGUCAUCAUUCCCAUCCCUCCCCGACUGGGCAGAGCCGGACAUCUACUCGCCGGCCUUGCAUGACGCCGUGUACUUAUACGCUCACGCUUUGAGAGACAAUGGAGGGGAUCCUGCAAAUGUCAACGGCUCCCUGAUAAAACACGCCGUAGAAAACACGCACUUCAAAGGUCUCUCAGGGGAUGUCAUCAUGUCGAAUGAUGCCGAUCGAUACGCUUCAAUCACCGUGUUCGAUCUCACAGAGUCGGGCAAUUUUACCACCGUGGCUUUCUACCGGAUGGCAAUAGUCAAUGGCACUAUAUUCCCGGAGAGUGAUCUGACCUACUUCCGUUGGGGGGACGGGACCACUAGCGAUGAUCGGAUCCCCGAGGACACACCCAGAUGUGGCUUUUUCAAUGAAAAAUGCCCACCAGCCUCAGCUUCAUCCGACGACCUCGCUGUAUACAUUGGUGUAUCGCUAGCAGUCAUGGUUCUUGCGUUGAUGAUGUUUUUGGCAUACAGAAUAUGGAAAAGAGAAAAAGAUCUGCAAAAUGUUGCCUGGAAAAUUCACUUCAGAGACAUUGAUUUUUUGGUGGGAAAACAGGUCCGCUCUUUUAUGAAUCUUUCUCGCCAUGACACCAGCAGUGAGCUAGCCACUCGGAAGGGCAGCGCCGGGGAGUCACCAUUACGUCACAGACGGCCGAGCCUUGGGAGUCGCUCGGACAAGGAGACUGAGUACAACUGCGGGACGACGAACGCCGACACCCUGUCCAUGGACAACAAUGUGGUACAGAGUACUAACAUCACGGUGGCCCGCUACAGGGGCCGCAUGGUCGCCAUCAAGUCACUCAGGAAGAAGAAACUGAAAACGGACGGGGUCAAGUUCCUGAAAGAAAUGAAACAGGUGAUUGAGUUUAAGCACGGAAACAUCGCCUCUAUGCUGGGUAUCUGUACUGAUGCCGACACACCCUGUGUUAUCUGGGAGUACUGCAGCAAGGGGAGUGUACAGGAUGUGAUAGAACAUGAUGACAUAAAAUUGGAUACUAUGUUCAAAAUAUCAAUUGCAGUCGACAUAUGCAAGGGACUGGCCUACCUCCAUAAAAGUGACCUUCGUUUCCAUGGUAACCUGAAAAGUUCGAACUGUUUGAUUGACAGUCGGUGGGCGUGUAAGCUGACGGACUUUGCACCUCGUCAUCUUCAAGGAGAAGAUAUUGAUGACAAAGAGGGGGAGGAUGAAAAAUAUGCAGCCUUGCUUUGGACGGCCCCAGAGCUACUCCGAAAAAUAAUUCCCACUGGAAAGAGAUUCGGGUCGCCAGCCGGUGACGUAUAUGCCUUUGCCAUUAUUGCAAAAGAGCUGAUCUGUAGGGAUAGGCCAUACUCCAUGGAGAGUCAUCUUACUGAUGAAGAAAUCAUCAGUAAGGUGAUGAGUGAUAACGAGGUUAAACGGUUCAGACCGGCCUUCCCCCAGGAACUGGACGGCAUCCAGACGGCCAAACAGAGCUACGCCAUCAGGAAGCUGAUACAGAGCUGCUGGAUCGAGGACCCCAUGAUGAGGCCCACAAUCAAAACCAUAUUAAAAGCACUGAACAGGAUAAACCCGUACAAGAAUUCGAAUGUAAUAGAAAACAUGGUUGUGAUGAUGGAGAAAUAUUCAACGCAGUUGGAGGAGAUUGUAGCAGAAAGAACCGAGCAACUGCAGGAAGAAAAGAGAAAGACGGAUGCUCUUUUGUUUCGUAUGCUUCCCAGAAAAGUGGCAGAGGAAUUAAAGUUGGGAAGGCCGGUGGAGGCUGAGAAUUUUGAGUGCGUGACGAUUUAUUUCUCUGAUAUCGUUGGCUUCACCAAUCUCGCUGGAGGAAGCACCCCCAUACAGGUUGUUGACUUGCUGAAUACGUUGUAUACACUAUUUGACGACAUCAUCGAACAUUAUGACGUAUAUAAGGUAGAAACAAUUGGCGAUGCUUACAUGAUAGUGAGCGGACUUCCGGAAAGAAACGGAAAUAACCAUGCCAACGAAAUCGCAAAGGUGGCGCUGGAGCUCUUGGAUGGCGUCAACCGUUUCCAGAUUCCACAUAAACCCGAUGAAAAACUUCAAAUAAGAAUUGGUCUACAUUCCGGUCCUGUCUGCGCAGGUGUUGUAGGUCUUACAAUGCCCCGGUAUUGUCUGUUUGGAGACACCGUUAAUACAGCCUCAAGGAUGGAAUCUAAUGGCUUAGCUUUGAAAAUUCAUAUAAGUUCGACCACAGCUGAACUGUUGCAGACAGAGAAUUGUUACAGAAUAGUGGAGAGAGGGAAACUAGAAGUGAAGGGUAAAGGGACGAUGACCACAUAUUGGUUAGAAAGCCAGACUGACACAGAUAACCCGGUACCCGCCUCACCCGGCGGGCUAUCCUUGUCUGACUUCAAUGCCUUGAAUAUUCAACCCGAAAGUGAAAGAGACGGACAAUCCGAGGUGACGUCAGCAAGUGACGGAAAUGACGAAGAGGCCGAAAACGAGGGACCUUCACCUAAAUAUGUGUCUUUCCUUAAUAUGCCAUCCUUACCCAACGCGGCGGACAUUAUCAGCAACGAUUCGGGAUUGCUAGAGCUAUUUGAUAGCGACCCUGAAGAAUCUAGCCCGUCUUCAACAUGACCAAUGCGGGAAGAAAAUGCUGUUUUAUCCCUGUGGACAUGAAUUUUAUAAAAUAUUUUUUAAAAAAAAUUAACAAACAGAUAAGCUGAAAGAAAAAGUAUGACUUUUCUCGAAAGUCUUCAACUUUUUUUUAUAUUUACUUGGUUUUAUUAUUUCUUUCCUUGUAUGUAUCUUGAUUAAAAAAAACGAUAUGUUGUUGAACAGGCCGCAUGAAUUUAAUUUGACCAUAACCUUACUUUUUGAUAAAGGCAUUUUUGUGUCAGUUUUGCCGGAAACAUUGUCAAGUGUUGCUCUGAUCUCUAAUUUGUAGAGAGCAAUUAAACAUGUGUCACAAAUAUUUCGUUUUCAAUUGUACAUGGUUUGUUGUGUGUACUUGACAUUAUCUGUCUGGCACACAUUUAGUUAUCAAAUACUAGUACAAUGAUAAUAAUGAAAGAUAAAAAUCUAAUAUGUACCAGAUAUAUUUGAAAUCAUGAAUGAAAUUAUUAAUCAGCUCAUUUCCGUGGGAAUUUUGUGACGUUUUAUCUGUUACCUAUUCACCAUUCCUUUUUUUCUGUUUGCACAGUCUAUAAGCUAGGCCAUCUGAUAUAUUAAUGACCUUUGAUUGGGGGAAAUAAAGUGUAUUGAAAGUAA